CAAGUGAAGAAGUUUUACACAAUGACUAGUGUCACUUAUUUACUCUUGCCUACGUGUGCUGUGAGUCUGUGUGCGUGUGACUGAUGUACAUUUUGUUCUUAGAUAAAAGUGCAGGAAUGUGUCUUAUCACUGAACAGUCAGGUAUAAGGGCUCUCCUGCCAGACACACAACCACAGCGGGGGUGACACAUACAAUGUGAAGGAUACUUCUUUUACCAAGCAAUUGUAUGAGCAAAAAUAGGUUUCGAGUAAACACUCCACAUUGCCAGUGAUGUGGCUGACCAGAGAAGAAAAACUCAUUUAAAACAAAGAGGAGAGACACUCAGCUGGAUUUAUCAUGUCACUCAAGCUUCCUAAGAGGCUGAGCAGCAAAAAGAAAAAACCUCCAAAGGUCAAUGCACAGGCAGAUGUCCUAAAUAAGAUGGGCCUGGAGGCCUUCUGGACUACACCACUGGACCCAGCAUCUAUUUUGGACAUCAGCACUUGGGCUCUGGAGAACCAGGAACCUAUGGAGCCCAAGGAUCUACCAAAUGCUUUCCUCCAACGCCUUUGGCUGCUUAGCCCAGAUGCCCGAAGUCCUUGCUGCAAACCUCUGCAUGAUGUUCUGAACAAUGCCAACAAAUCACCCGAGGAGAUAAUCAAUGAUUUCGGAGGAGAAAGCCAGAGUGCCAUCAACCCUCUUGAUCUUGUUGCAGCUGUCUUUAUGUCUGCCAACACUUUCCUUCAGCAGGAGAUGACUGUGCGCAUGUUGCAAUGCCAGUUUGCUGUGCCCCUGGUCCUUCCAAACAUAGAUCCAGAAGAACCUAGUCGCUUCCUUCUUUGGCCUUUGAGAGGUGCUGUAAGCCAAUGGAGGUCUCAUUUUCCGGAUAAUAACAGUAAGGUCUAUGAGGGGGAUUUGGCAAGUACAUACAUGCCUGUAGUUUCUUGUGUAAAGCUUGGUUACAGUGGUGUCUCUAAGUCCCAGGUACUAAACAAUGUUAUAAGUGGACUCAGAUCUCCAAGUGACACAUUUCUCCACAGGGGAAUGGAUGGAGGACAGCUUCCACGUAGGCUCUCCAAUGGCCUGGUAGAGAUUGGAUGGUAUCUUCCCACUGGAGACACUACCAGAGAUAUUUUCCCUGUCCCUGUGGUAAUCUCUAACCUCCGUGGUGAUGCCAGUUCACAUGAGAAAUGCCUCAGCCUUCUAUGUAAAGUGUCUUCAGCUGUGGUUGUUUUCUGUGGGGAUCUUAGGGAGAAAGAAAAACUAAUUCUUGCCUCCUGCAAAAAUAUGGCCAGCAAACUCAUAUUGAUUGACCUAUCAGAUGCUGAGAAGAAUGAGAACAGAGUUGUGGGGUUUGCUGGUCCGAACCUUGAAGAAUACAUGGGGGUUCCCAGAGGAUCAGUGCUGCAAGGGAGAGAUUUGAGUGAGGAGGAACUGGCUAAUAGGCUGUGUGACACCCUGAAAGAUCUGUUACCAGAUGAGCUAAAGCAUGUUACACUUGAGGCAGCAGCAAAAUUAGCAGAGGAGCUUGGCCUUAAUGUAGAUGAAGGGGCAGCGUGUGAGAAGGCAAUGGCCAAAGUGGAGGAAGUAUUGAGAGGUUUAGAUGAGGGAUCUGCUCAAUUUAGAGAGAAACAGCUUCCUUUGCAGGGGCCUUCGUGGAGCAAACUUGCUGAAAUAGAAAAGGAGGAGAGUAAACGGAGAAAAGAAGGAAAAGAAAUUGAUCCCCAACUGCAAAAAGAAAAGAAAGAAAUCUUGGUAGAGUUGAGCAGCUACAAGAUGACUCCAGCGAUGAAGAUUUUCACUGAUACGCUUUUCACAACAGAUACAGUGGAAAGAACUUAUUUCCUCAGUUGGAUGAAACUGAGGCUUUGGCUGAAGCAAAUCGAAAAACUAAACAGUCCACAAGAUCUAUUCACAAACCUGCAGACAGAAAUGAAGGAUGGCAUGCCAGAACAUUAUGAGCUCCAAAAUGGAAUCAAUGACGACCUAGGGGACAGUGAUAGUUUCUGCACAGAUUCAACAUUUGAAGAAGAAACAACUGAAGAGCAGCAAGUUUCUGAGCAACAACAAAUGUGUCUAGAUGUUUCCUUUGAUCAGGUAGCAUCAUGUUCACAGCCUUUUGAACCUGAUCCGUCCAUGCUGGGACUGGAGCACUUUUUGCGUGAGAUGGGCUUGAUUUUUGAGCUAACACACAUCAGCCCCGGCAGUGGGAGCCACAAUGUGUUGCGUCUACCUAGCUUAGCUACAGACCUUCUUCUCUAUGGAAUUCCACUUGAACUAAUGGAUGGAGAUGCCUCAAACAUUCCCAUCCGCUGGCUGGGUUGUGUCUUUGCAGAGCUUAAACGCCGCCUUCCUCAAGAACAUUGCAGGACGCGAGUGCUGACAAACCUCGGAGUGCAUCAUGAUAGGAACGCUGAGGUUCUAUCUGCAUUAUUUGGGGUGAAAUUUCCUGAUGGAAGGAAAAGAGCCACCAGAGGGGUGUACAUGUUUGCCCUGUGUCUCCCAGAUAACCUCAGAAAGGACAUGGAGUGUGAUUUUCUGUUUUUAAUUGAUGUAGGUCUCUGCUCAAUGUCUCUAGACAACAACACAAAUAUGCUGAUCCACGACAAUGAGAUGGCCACUGUUGCAACAGGAUUGAGUGAUGUCUUAAUGCAGAGCAUCUCUUCACAUGUGGGUACUGAGUUUGAAGCUAAUUUCACUGUCAUAGUCAAUGCUCUCCUACGCAUCAAAGAAUGUGGCUCCAUGCCCAUUUGCCAACUCCUGGCCCAGGAUGAAAGCAUAAACAGCUUAUUACAAGCAUCACAGUUAAGACGUGUAUCGGAUAUGCUUCAGACUGAGAUUGGGGACAGAGGAACCAGCAAUGCUAAUAACCAUUAUGCAAAAACCACAAGCUCCAUCACCUGUGUCAAAGGGCCUUGGUACAAUAUGUCCCUCUCUGAACCAAUUGAUACGCAGUAUAGUAAGGCUGUGUUAAAGCUUAAGCAAAACCUGUUGGGGGCAUUGAAAAAGUGUGCAGCCAACUCUGAAGCCAAAAGUCUGCCUGAAUUUAUGAGCCGUUUGUGUGCUGUUUGGGAUACAGUGAAAGCAGAAUCAUUCUCCAUUGGUAUGCACAAUACUGACAUAGCUUUAGCCUUCUCUUUAUUGUGCACAGAGUUUUCCCAGUGGGAGAAUACUUUCCUGGAACACAUUGAAAGCUGGCUUAAUGGGGCAAGAAGGAAAAUCUUUGCCACAAAGGCAAAGGCUGUAGACGCUUCGAUCCAAAAUGACCUUCUGAGUGAGCUAAAGGAUGAAGCCAGAGAGGAAGUCAAAACAGAGGUGGACAAACUCAGGUCAAAAGGAGAGGCCUAUUUGAUGAAAGAAAACAUUCUCAACAUGAACACAUUCAGGCCAAUCCUAAUGAGCAAUAUGGAUGACCUUCAGGAGCGAGUAACUGAAGAGAUAAUAGAAAGGUUGGGGACAGUCAACGAGAGCCAUUGUUCUUUAACACAGUUGGAAAAAUUUGAGGGCUUACUGGAAAAAGAACAGGAAUCCAAGCUACACACACUGUUAGAGAACAGCAAGUCAACCAAAGUUCUCCUUCAAGAUACAGAGCUAGAAGAGGAGUUUGAGGGUGCAUGGAGUAAGACGUUGUCUAACUUUGACUUCAGGCCUUCAGAGACAGAUGAUAUUACUGCAAGAGUGACUGAUAUUUUGAAAGAGAAUCUAAUCAGCCGUGGUCUCCACAAACACAUGAAAAAACUUGAAGUUAAUGGCCAAAACCAGACAGCUAGCUUCCAAGUUUAUGAUGAGCACUUUGGAUACCGCAGCAGAUUAAAGCACAUGUUUGAAGACAACAACAGACAGCAGAGGUUAGAAGCUCAACGGGUAGCAUGCAAUAUCAUAGAAGAAUACAAUCAGUUUGUUGCAGAUAAAUCUAUCUUACCAGCAGAUUUCUCUGACAGCUACGUUACAACACUGUUAGACAAUGUUGAAAAAGCUUUAAAAGAAACAUCAAUGGAAAUCAGAUCAGCUUUUGAAGUGGAACUGAAAGUUUAUCUCUGCAGCGCUGCAUGCCAAGACUUUCAAAAACUACAUGACCGCUAUGCCAAGGACAGUGAGUUUUUGACAGGUAUCACUGCAACUAAGAGUACCUACAUGGCAGAGUUUAUCUACCAGUUCAGAAAGAGAGACCAGUGCCAGAGAGUGGCUCAAGCGUUUACCUCCAUGAUCAUCAAACCUACAGUGUUGGACUACAUCUAUAGACCACUGGGGAUGUGUAUUGUAGAAGAAAUCCAGGCUAAAGCCCAGCAGUAUCAGUCCCCACGCGCCUUCCACCAAAGCUUUCUGGAAGAGCUUAUAGAGGAGGACUGCUUUGAAAGCUUCCUGGAAUAUUUGCUUUCCUAUGAAAACAUCAGAGUGAGGAAGAUCCAGGAGACAGUGGUGGCUCACCUCUCUGAAUCAACCAGUUUGAAUAAAUGGAGACAACAGAGACUUGGAGAAAUCAUCGGAAAGACUGCGGCAGCAGUGAGCCAAGCGGCAGAAGGUACCAAUGGAGUGCUGAGUGAUACAAAGCCGCUGUUGGAGAGAGUGUGCCUCACUUUAGAGAGCGAUGGAGAUGUGGAUGUCAGUAGGGCCUCUCUGGAUGGGCCUUUUUUCAGUAUCACCACAGAAUGGGAUCGCUUUGUCACAUGUUUAAUGGAGUUACUGGCUGUAAUGCGGUUGGACCUAGCCCAGGAGUUCUCCCAAAAUGUGGAUAUCACCCAACUUCUUCAGUGCCUUCCAAUUCAGCCACAAUGCUUCCUCUUGAGCAGAGUGAGAGGCUGUGACCAGCAAUGUCCUCUCUGCGGAGCCCCCUGUGAGCUGAACGAGAUGGGGCAUGAGGUUCACAGGGCUCUGCUCCACAGGCCCAAAGACAUGUUACCCCAUGACUCAGGUUCUCUGUCCUGUCCUCUCAGUUGCCCUGAAAGCAUGACAGAGGACAACCCAGGCAUGAGCAAAGACACAGAAGACAUGUCUGUGGCACGCAGGGUCCUCCAUUCCCUCUACCCAGACUGGAUCAUCUCCCCUGAGGACCCGAACAGCCAGAUGCCUAGUGCUUACUGGAGGUAUGUGUUGGGGAGGUUCAGUGAGAGGUUUGCAAAGGAAUACAAGCAGGGGCCAACAAAGAUUCCUGAGGAGUGGAAGACGAUCACUAAGGAGGAGGCAUUGUACAGUCUGAAGGAGGCCUUCCUACCUGAAUGAUGGUGAUAUUAGGACUGCCCUGUGCCUAUAUCCUAUGUGUACCUAUGUUGUCUAUAUACAUACAUACAUAGUACAUGUGACAUUUUAUUGAUCAAGUUCAGGUUUUAUCUGGUUUAGAAGUCUUUUUUCUAUUUUUAUCUAUCUAUCUAGGAUGCUGAUGAUGAUGAUGCUGAUGAUGAUGAUAAUGAUGAUGAUGAUAGUGGAUAGAAUGUUAAUCAAAUGGACGAUUCAUUUAAAACACUGAUAACUGAGUUGUUUGUUUUUUGCCUUUUCUUUUUAUCAUUUGCUUAUAAAGGUGCUCUAAGCGAUGUUGGGUGAGGGCACUUCUU